AUGAUGCCUGGGUGCUUGCUGAGAACAGAUGACUCGCAGUUGGACCGCUGGGAUGGAAUGACGGCAACCAGCCAACCGGCUCGCCCGGCUACCUCGGAGCAAUCGGGCCUGGCAGCGCCUGGCACGGGCAAGUUGGACUACUUAGGUUGGACUGUGAGCUCUAUCGAGAUCGAAGAGCGACACGCCCGAUCGGAGAGGAGGCUGCACCGCGUCAUUGUGGCAACAUCCGCGGCAUGGUACAUUGUAUUGCACGGAGCAACGCCAAUAAGAAUAAACAAAAUAUAG